CGGAUAGCUACAAAUCGUGCUUGAUCAAUUCAUUAUCCACGUCAUCAGCGAUCGAGGGAUAUAUAGAUAGAUAGAUAUCUAUAUUUAUACAUACACACAUACUAAAGGUGAAGGGUGCAGAGGAAAACCAAAAUUUGGGAAAAAAGUGCUUCACAAAUUCCGAUCAAAUUAUCUCGGUAUGGCGGAGAAGCUCAUGUGCGCGGUUCAGUACGACAGUUAUGGCGGCGGAGCUGCUGGGUUAAAGCAAGUUGAAGUUCCAGUUCCUACUCCGAGUAAGGGUGAGGUGCUGCUGAAGCUGGAAGCCACAACCUUGAAUCCUAUUGAUUGGAAAAUUCAGAAAGGCUUAUUUCGCCCUUUGAUGCCCAAGAGAUUUCCUUAUAUUCCUGCUACCGAUGUGGCUGGAGAAGUUGUGGAGGUUGGCCCCGGAGUAGAAAACUUCAAACCUGGUGAUAAAAUUGAUGGAGGUGGUUCUUGCUCUAUCUUGCAUCUUUUCUAUGGAUUUUCUUUGAUUGUGGUCAUGAAUAUUCUUGAUAAAAAAAAACAGACAGGAGGUGGUUUAGCUGAAUAUGCAGUGGCUAAGAUAGAUAUGACAGUUCAUAGGCCUGCUGAAAUAUCAGCUGCCGAGGGAGCAAGCUUCCCUAUCGCCGGCCUCACCGCUCACGGGGCCCUCACCUUGGCCGGGCUCAAGUUCGACGGCCCCGACCCCGGCCCCCAGAAGAACAUCCUCGUCACCGCGGCCUCCGGCGGCGUCGGCCACUUCGCCGUCCAGUUGGCCAAGCUGGGGAACGCGCACGUCACGGCCACGUGCGGGGUCCGCAACAUCGACCUCGUGCGGAGCCUGGGGGCGGACGAGGUGCUCGACUACAAGACCCCGGCGGGCGCGGUCCUCAAGAGCCCCUCGGGCAAGAAGUACGACGCGGUGAUCCAGUGCGCGUCGGCCAUCCCGUGGUCGGUGUUCGAGCCGAACCUGAACUCGACGGGGAAGGUGAUCGACCUCACGCCCGGGACGAGCGCCAUGUGGACUUACGCGGUGAAGAAGCUGACGCUGUCGAAGAAGCAGCUCGUGCCGUUCAUGAACUCCGUCAAGGCGGAGAACCUGGUGUACCUGGCUGAGCUGGUGAAGCAGGGGAACCUGAAGGUGGUCAUCGACUGCAAGCACGCGCUCAACGACGCCGAAGCUGCCUGGGCGAAGAGCAUCGACGGCCACGCCACCGGAAAGAUCGUUGUUGAGCCGUAGACGGAGGGAGGUGCAUCCACUAAUAAGAAAACCAUCUCUUGCUUCAACAACUCUUACUAUAGUUCGAAUACAUAAGUAAACAAUUGUACUACUACUAUUUUCAACAUUUUACUUUGGGUGUUUAGUAUAGUUGAUUUAUAAUAAUACCUACAAAUUUUAUUUUAA